AUGGCUGCGCGGGGCGCGGGCCCGUGGCUGCUGCUGGCCGCGGUGCUGUGCGCGGCGGCCGAGCCGCGCUGCCCGUCGUGCCCGGCGGGCGCGGAGCGGCGGCUGCUGGAGGAGGUGGCCAAGAAGCAGCUGCUGGAGAAGCUGCGGCUCCGCGAUCGCCCGCGGCUCGCCCACGCCGUGCCCCGCGCCGCCGUGGCCCGCGCCCUGCGGCGGCUGCAGGCGGGAGGCGCCCGCCGGGGCCCCGCCGGCGAGGAGGAGGAGGAGGAGGAGCAGGGCUACGAGAUCAUCAGCUUCGCGGAGACAGAUCUCACAUCUCCCUCCGGUUUGGGGCUGCAGUUCCAGUUCAGCCAGGCGCAGGACCAGGACAUUCGCAUCCUGCAGGCUCAGCUGUGGCUCUACCUGCGAGUGCCCCGGCCCGGGCUCACCCUGAGCAUCUUCCUGGCCGGGAGAGCAGCAGGGAACAAUCGCACGCUGCUGGGGGAGAGGCGGCUGAGCGCGGUGGGGAGCGGCUGGCGCUCCUUCCCCCUCCCGCCAGCCCUGCAGGGCUUCUUGGGCGGGGAGAGCCGGACGCUGCGGCUGCAGCUGGAGAGCCGCGGGGACCGGGGGGAUGUCCUGGCACUGCUCAACGCCAGCCGGUCCCACCAGCCCUUCCUGGUGGCCAAGGCGAAGGCGCGGGAGCCCGAGCACCGCGUGGCCAAGCGCAGCCUGCGCUGCAGCCCCAGCUCCAGCCUGUGCUGCCGCAAGGACUAUUACGUGGACUUCCGCGACAUCGGCUGGAACGACUGGAUCAUCAAGCCCGAGGGCUACCAGAUAAACUACUGCGUGGGCCAGUGCCCCCUGCACAUGGCAGGCAGCCCCGGGAUGGCCUCUUCCUUCCACACGGCCGUCUUCAACCUCGUCAAAGCCAACAACGUCCAGGCUUCGGGGCAUUCCUGCUGCGUCCCCACGCGGCGCCGGCCGCUCUCCAUCCUCUACUUCGAUCGCAACAGCAACAUAGUCAAGACUGACAUUCCCGACAUGAUUGUUGAUGCCUGUGGCUGUAGUUAGGGCCGGGGGAGCCGUGCUGGACCCCCCCUUCUCCAGGACACUCUCUGGUGGAGGGGGAGGGAGCUGGGGAGCUCCCAUGAGCUGGAAUCAGCCCCUGGUGCAGUGGACCCCUUUGGAAAGCUUGGGAGGGAGGGAGAGGGUCUCAUGAG